AGCUGUUUGACCGCGUGUACGCAGCCUUAGUUUCAGCUUCAUGCGCAAGAGCAGAUAUUAGUGCAGUUUACCUGGUCCGGCCGGCGGGUACUAACCACCGACUUAGAUAUUCAACAAUAAAAUAAAAACUUACGAAUAUGAUUGUAAAAAUGUGAUAAAUUUUAGUUUUAAAUUAACGACUAAAUUAAAAAUUUGCUAUACUUUUCUCAUUUUUUUUUUAAAGUGAGUGUUGUGUAGUGUAGCCAUGAGGUUUAAAAAGCAGACCCUGGUGUCGGAAGACACUUCAGAAGAUGAGAUCGGACACAGCUACUUAGGGACUUUGAUGUAUGGCCGCUACCAACGCGACCUAAGCGAAGCGGCGCGCGAAGAGGCCCGCCGGCUGCGACGCCUGCGCAAGCGCCGGCGGAAAGACGACAAACUGCGGCAGAAGGAGUUAGAGGCGACGGGGAAAGGCCGGCCGAAUGGGAAGUUCGUCAAGGUGCUAGGUUACAUAUGGCGGCACACGUUCGCCCGGUUAGGCGAAGACUGGGUGUUCUUAGCAGCCUUAGGUAUCAUUAUGGCCGUUCUCAACUUCGCCAUGGACAGAGGAAUCGCCAUCUGCAAUAAUGCUCGCAUGUGGAUGUACAACGACCUGGCGACGUCCACAUUCAGCCAAUACGUCGCCUGGGUAUCUCUGCCUGUCUGUCUCAUCCUCUUCGCGGCUGGAUUCGUGCACAUAGUCGCGGCACAAAGCAUAGGGUCUGGUAUACCUGAAAUGAAAACGAUACUCCGAGGAGUCCAGCUAAAAGAAUACUUAACGUACCGAGCGCUCAUAUCCAAAGUCAUUGGUCUCACUGCCACGCUUGGCUCCGGAUUGCCUCUAGGAAAAGAGGGUCCAUCAGUCCACAUCGCCUCAAUGGUAGCCCAGCUGCUCUCCAAACUAGUGACGACCUUCCAAGGGAUCUACACCAACGAGUCCCGCACCACAGAAAUGUUGGCCGCCGCCUGCGCAGUGGGCGUGGCUUCCUGCUUCGCUGCUCCCGUUGGAGGCGUCCUAUUUUCGAUCGAAGUAACGACCACGUAUUUUGCUGUGCGCAACUACUGGCGCGGAUUCUUUGCCGCGUGCUGCAGUGCCAUUAUGUUCCGUCUCCUCUCCGUGUGGUCUGGAGCCUUGCCGACGGUCAAACCACUGUUCCCCACCAACUUGCCCCAGGACUUCCCUUUCGACCCUCAGGAGUUCGCCGUGUUCGUCCUCUUAGGAAUCGUGUGUGGACUGUUGGCAGCGCUGUGGGUGUGGCUACAUCGACAAUAUGUACUGUUCAUGAGGAAAAAACCUAUCAGCAGCUUCCUACAGAAGAACCGCUUUAUCUACCCGGGCUUCAUGACUUUGGCCGUGAUGUCGAUUCUAUUCCCGCCCGGUAUCGGCAAGUACAUGGCGGCUGAUUUGGGAAACCAGGAACAGGUGCUAUCCCUGUUCGCCAACUUCACCUGGUCGGACAACCUGACAGCGGAGCAGGCCUCGAUGGUGGCCCACUGGGAAACCCCUGAGGUCAACCUCUACGGCUGUCUCUGGAUCUACUUCCUGUCUAUUUACUUCCUAAGCAUGGUUUCCUGUACGCUGCCCGUGCCGGCCGGCAUCUUCGUGCCGGCGUUCAAAAUGGGGGCCUCACUCGGUCGCCUAACGGGAGAGCUGAUGCACUACUUCUGUCCCCUUGGAGUGGCCUACGGGGGACAUAUACAGAAGAUUCUACCAGGCGGGUACGCGGUGGUCGGGGCAGCGGCGUUCACAGGCGCCGUCACGCACACAGUGUCGACCAUUGUCAUCGUCAGCGAGAUGACAGGACAGGUGACCCACAUCCUCCCAAUAAUGGCGGCAGUACUAGCAGCAAACGCCGUCGCAGCGCUACUGCAACCAUCAUGCUUCGACAGCAUUAUUCUGAUCAAAAAACUGCCUUAUCUCCCCGACCUACUGUCUUCAGCUAGCAGAAUGUAUGACAUUUGCGUGGAAGAUUUCAUGGUGCGAGAUGUCAAGUACAUUUGGAAUAGGAUGACAUUCCAGCAACUGAAAGAUUUAUUGAAAGAAAAUAAGGCAAUAAAAAGCUUCCCACUAGUGGACAGCCCAGCGUCCAUGGUUCUGCUCGGUUCCAUCCACCGCUGGGAGCUAGUCAAGGUCAUAGAGCAGCAAGUCGGUAGAGAGAGACGGCUGCAGGUAGCAGCGUUGUGGCAUCGCGAGGCCGAGCUGAGAAGGAGAGAGACGGAACGACGGGCGAGACGACCGUCUCGAUUCGAGGUGACGCCGGCGCCCGACAUGCUGGGGCUCCGGCCGCCCGGCAUGACGCGGGGCUCCUCGCUCACCACCAAGGAUCAGGAGGGACUUAUACCUGCGCCUGGUCAACUAUUCCGACCGAAGUCUAUCCUGAAGAAAACGAACUCAUUCACAUUAACCCGAGGGCUCGGGUCGCCGCAGCCGCUCACGCCAACUACUCCGUCCGUAUACACCACCGUCACUGGCGCCGAAACCCGAAUCCGUGCUGCGUUCGAAGCUAUCUUCAAACGGUCUACGUUGCUGCAAGACGUAGAAGGUGGCUUAGAAAGUGGCCAGCUGUCUCCAGGGCUGGCCAGGAGCCCCAGCAUCAACAAGAAAGUGCAGCUGCCCCGCGAACGAGUUUGCGACAUGUCCCCUGAAGAUCAGAAGGCGUGGGAACAACUCGAGAUGGGAAAAGAAAUCGAUUUCGACCGCAUGCUGCAAAUCGCCCGUAAGAGAGAUAUGCAACUGGACGAAACGGACUAUGAGGACGAAACCAGUCUGUACACCUGCCAUAUCGACCCCGCGCCCUUCCAGCUGGUCGAGAGGACCUCAUUACUUAAGGUUCAUUCACUGUUCUCCACGCUGGGAGUGAGCAGAGCUUACGUCACGGCCAUUGGCAGGCUUAUAGGUGUCGUCUCGCUACAAGAGCUCCGUAAAGCCAUCGAAGACGUGAACUCCGGAGUCCUGACCCUCGCGACCCGCCCCGCGCCGCCCUCCCCCCCGCCGCCCGCCAUGAUCCGCGCCGGUUCCGAGCCCGCACCCCCCAGCGACAGCGAGACCGCCAAGCUCACACAAGACACUAAGUGAACGAGGUAUGGGUUUAAAUCUUGAUGUUAUACGAAGAUUUAUGAAAUACAUAAUAUUUGUUUUACAAGUGGAAAAGUUGUUAAAUACAUGAGAAAGAUUCCAAAAUUGAACCACGACCGUAGCGAGUCGUUCGAAAAUGGAAUUUGUACGAAAUUAUGCUAAUGUCAUGCCAUAGUUCACAGUAUGAAUUAUAUUAGAUGAAUUUUGGACCAUAGGAGCUUUUGGACUAAAGUUUGGUGGCACGGUACGUGGUCCGAAAUCGGUCCGGUCCGAAAUCCUGCUAAUGUUAUUCCACGGUUUAUAGUAUGAAUUAUAUGAGAUGAUUUUUUCGGCUCCAAGAAAAUUUAACUGCAGUUUUUGCUACCGGCGUGGACGAUUGUUCUUCGAAUAAACUGUUAAAAAAAUGUGAACCUUAAUACUAUCACGAUAUGUAGUUGCUUUUUAACGACAUGGUUGCUUUGGGAAACUUUACAUUAAAAAAAAAAACAAACGCCCCAGCCGAAAAAAAACAUCUCAUAAAGUUAUACAAAGAUUGAUGAUCUAUGAUUAUCAAAUUUUUAUGAAAUGUUAAGUUAGAUAUGACAACUGAGUUGUUCAAUAUUUUAACUUAAGUAGGAUAAAUAAAUUUAAUAAAUGUCUGUAAAUAGCUGGUAAUAUUUAUUUAUAAUUAUAACAAUUAUGUGGCUUAUUCUGAUUUCAUUGUGCAUUGUUCGAAGUUUUGAUAUAUAUUUACAAAACUCGCAAAAUGUUUUUUGAGUUUAUUGGAGUUUACUCCUUAAGUAGGUAUCGAUACUUUUUCAUACACAAGUCCGGGGUAUGAAAAUGUAUGGGGAGAAAAUUCAAACGCUCCAGCUUGGCAAUAAAGAGAAAUUAAAAAGUGACAACACUGUAGUGUCAUCCCGUUUUCUUAUAUAUAUUGGUUUGAAAGGGACGUCACUACAUUGUUGCUACUUUUUAAUUUCUACUCUUUUUUCCCAAGCUGUACGUUAUGUUUCGUGCGCAACUUAUUUUGCGCAACCCUUAGCAAAGGCUUCAUGGAAACACUAUUUAUUCAAUGUCAACAAAUAACAACUGUCAAUUUAAGGAGUUUUGAUCUUAAAUUUUAUAAUGUUAUUAUACCGGGUGUGGCCUGUAAUAUGAGCAAAAAAUUAAACUGUAGGCUAUACUCCUCAUACUGAUCAACAAUUUGUUCACGCCUGAUUCUAUUAACAAUUUGUUCAGCUACUUUUAAAAAUAACUUGUGGUUUGAUUUUUAAAGUUUAUUCUAAGACGCAAUGUAUUGCGAAUUCUGUUAUGUUUCAGGCGUGACCAGCAACGUCAAUCACAAUGAUAUGGCGUGGAAAUGGCGUCCAUUGAAGAUAAUAUUUAUUUUGUAUGAAAAAUAGGGAGUCUAAAUACUUCAUAGGUUUUAAAAGUUAUUGAACAAAAGUGUCACCGUUUGAGGAGUACAAUCUGUUUUAAUUAUUUGCUCAUGUUACAGGCCACACCCGGUAUAAUUGUUCGUAAGGAGUAAACUCUAGUCGUGCGUCGGGACACACGCACCGUUUUUUAUUCCAAAAGUUUAACGUUUUAGUUGUCAUAUUCAGUACUUUUUUAAUAAAACUAUUGCCAUUUUUAUUAAUGCCGCCAAAAUGUUAAAAAUCCCCGGCACCAACAAUAUUGAUUCUGACACCAUUCAUUAUAAUGUUUUUGUCAUAUUUUUACAUAUUUUUUUAUAAUUAUACGGGGUAAAAUUUUAACCAUGUACCAAAAAUUUUAACCAACAUGUCACAUUGAACAACUUUUGUUAUGGGAUCAAAGCCGAAAUCGCGAGAUUUUUAUUUACCGUCCCAUAGAAAUUAGCGGCACUUGCCGGAAAUUCCGGCUUCUAUAAUUCCGGCUCGGAAUAUAUGAAACGGCCAUAUUUUAAAUUUAAUUUUUCGCCAUUUCGGUAUUGGUCCCAACAUAAAGUUGUUCAGUAUUACCUAUAAAGUCACUAGGUACGCAGAGUUUGGUUGGUAGUUAAAAUUUCACCCUGUAUUGAAAUGCAGUGUAAGUGCAAACUAUGGCUGAAACUGCGAACUACCUUCAGUAUUAUAAGAUUUAGGCAUAAUGUAACGCUUUAUUACUGCAUGGACAGUUAUAUAAUCGACAUAAUCGUACUAUAGUGUGUAAUAUAACAUUUUAAAGUCUCGCGUUUUGUACACAUAUUUAAUUACUCAAACGGGAGUCUUUCCGUGACCUCAGCUGGUGCAACUCAGCUGAAACGUCGGAAUUUAAGGUUAAAAUUAUGGUUGUCUGUAAAGUCGGUUUACGGACGAUAAUUUUGCGUCAUAAGAAAACGUGGCCGUAACGUUACUUUGGAGAUCCGUCCACGACGUUACGAGUACCAUGGAGAUAUGUCCACAACGUCACACUUUUUCGUGCAUACCGCACUGAGAGAAAAAUCAUCACCAGGAAUUAAAAAACAGUUCUGUACUGGGGGAAAAAAAAUGAAGUUUUAGUAAUAAUUAUGGACGUUUCACUAUUUCUGUAAAGUUUAUUUAUUUCUACAAACAGCUCAGUAAUCCCAAAUAUAAUUUCAACAAACAGAUAAACAUAAGAAAAAUAAAGAUAAUAGAAAUUGCAAAAACUAAUAGAAAUUGCAAAUGUCAAUUUGUUCCUAUUAGUUAACUCUCCUUGUCCCCGGAUUAAGUUUAUUUUUGUAAUUCUAAGUGUGUCUUUGUUGUACUUUUCUCUCAGUGCGGUGUUCAUCAAUAUAUAAAACUUUAUCACGUCAAAAACAAUGAAAUUAUAUCGCGGUAUACUCGUUUGUGUAAUUAAAUAUAUAGUAUGUAAUGUUUCGCUAGUAGAAGCAAGUCUUAUAGUCAGAAAAAUGAUUUGUACAAUAUGUUACACGUAAAAUAAUGAUCUAGUCAAUUUACACAUUACGAAAACUUUGAAAAUGUAUUCUUAUAAGACAAACAAACCUAUGUUCAGUAAAUAACAAAAAAACGAAAGUUUAACCUUUUCACCGCCGCGCGUAUCGUGCGCGCCGCGUCAUUAUGAACCUUGCUGGAAUGCACGAAGGUUGAUAUUGGGCUGUGGCCGUGCGCGUCUUUGACGUCUUUGGCGGUCAAAAGGUUAAAAAAAUAUACACCGCUUAUUUUUUCUUCAAUAAGUAGGGUGAUCGCUAUAGUAAUUGGCCACUCCUAACAAAUCAGAAAAAAAAAGCCAAUAGAAACCUUAUUGUAAAGAGUGGCCAAUUACUAUAGUAGUCACCCUAUAACGUCCAGCAGUUAAUUUUUAUAUUAGUUUAUGACGAAUAAUUUUAGUUGUUUUUUUUUGAUAUUUUGAAUGUGUUGAAUGUUAAAUGGUGCUUUUUGGAAUUGACGUAUACGAGUAUACAGUUUAAUUUAUUUAUUAAUAUUUAUUUAUAAAUUUUAGAUAGGUAUAUAAAAGACGUUUAAUUUUGUUAGACAGCUUUAUAGGUACGUACAAUAAGUUAAGUUGGAUGUAAAUAUUUAUUCUAUGUGUAUUUGUGAAAUUAUCCGUUAUAUACUAUUUGUAUAGUGUGCCUCAGUUUCAUAGGUUAGGCACUAAUACAUAAGGUACCCUGCGACAAAGAUGGCCCGGUUCUUAAACUUUGAAAAUUUUAUACUUAUAUAUUUUGCGUCCAUGUUCGCUAGUACCAUAGACAAAACUGCAAGUUCAUAUUAAACAUAAGAAAAAUAAAAAAUAAAAAUAUCGAUGGGCCUUCUUUGGUGCAGGUACCUUAACUUUUUUUAAUCUUAUGACAAUUGAAGCAUACUGUAAUAUUGUCAAAAAACAAGGCUUGUGAUUUAAAAUCAUUCCAAAAAAAUAUUCGCAGCAUUUAAAUGUGUUUAAGUUUAGUGAAACUAGACGUUAGAUUGAAGCUGAGAUAAAUCGUAUUUUUAGUGCCAUCUCUCGGCCCCACUCUAUUGAUAUAUCCGCGGUUGCAGCUAAUUGUCACAACUCUAUUUUUUUAACGCAGAUAUAUUUUUGAUAACGGCCGCUUAAUACUUUUUUAUUAAAAUAAUUGCUCCUGAUUGUGAUUUGAUUUAAAGAAAAAAGGGCGUCUAAAAGCAUGUUGGAACAUCAAAAAAUAAUGUUUAAUCAUUUUAGUCAAGUUCCCUGAAGUCGUGUUUCGGUUAAAAGGUUAAACUAUAAUUUUGCACAAAAUAUGAUUACCUAAUAAAAUUAGACAUAUAUCCGUCCAUUAUAAAGACGGUCAUGUUUGGUAAAUAAUGGAAUAGACAUUCGAAAAUAAUGUGAUAUAUUUGUAAUAAACAUUUUUAGAAAAAUAAGAUUUCAAGCUAACACGGAUAUUUACGUAAAAAUGACUAUGCCGAUAUACCUGUACGGAUAUGAUGGUCGUUCAUGUCUACGUGACAGCGUGAUAAAACUAGAGAUGCACCGGAUAUUCGGUUACUAGCCGGUAUCCGGCCUUUCUGCCCUUAUUUUACUAUCCGGCCGGAUACAGGAUAGUGCCCUAAUAUCCGGCCGGAUACCGGAUAGCAACUUUGCUUAAUUUUGGAGUAAACAAAUUCGUUUUAAGAAACAGUCGCGGUCAUAAUCGUAUUCGUUUAUAAUUUAAAAAUUCUACUCACGUGCACGCGCACUCAUUUCGGACCUAUAAAUCAGUCCGCGCGAAAGAUGACUACGAAACAGGUUAAAACCUGCACAAUGCGCACCUGAAAAACCGAAUUGUAGGUAUAGUUCCUCCGGCCGAAUAUUCGGCGGCCUGAUACCGAAUAUUCGGCCUGAACCUCGGCCUCGGCCGGUAUCCGGCCAAUCAACUAUCCGUUGCAUCUCUAGAUAAAACACUGUUCGUCACUUUCUAUCCCCCAGUGUUAAAAAGUGACAGUUAUUUUAUCACGUGGAUUUAUUGCGAUAUCAGACAUAAAUAUGCACAUAGCGCCCCUUUUUAUAGUAGUCUAUUUUUUAUGUAAAAUGAACGUAUCGAAACGAAAUUUGGAGCAAAUUCCUGGGGUAUUUCAGAUAAGUGUCAGAUACGUGACGCAAUUUUUCAACACUUUUGAUAAAGCUAAGAAGCCGAUAUUUGUCACGAUAAUGUUUGAUAACUUAGCUUUAAAUUCAACUGUGUAUAAUACAGAUUUCUGCCGGUUAUUAAGGUAGCUACCAUACGCGUCACGUCCGUGACAAUUUUAUGAAAUGCCCCUCGUAUUUUUAUAUUUUUUAAAUAAUAUUUCUUGGAAGUGUGAUUGUCUUCUAAAUACGCUUGCUUAUAUACAAUUAUAUCGCCCGCGGGGCACUGCGUCAGUGUGAUCUGUUGCUUUUUGAAUAGACGAUAUUUUGUGAUGUUA